UGGAUAGAUGAAGAAGACACAUAACAUAACCAAAUCAUCCAAUUCCAAAGCUAUGAAUGAAACCAACGCUAUUACUAGAAUCACCACCACCACCACCACUUCCUCCGUCGUUCCUCUCCCCGUCUCAACCACCACCACCACCACCCAAAUCCACGUCACUCCAAAACAAAAACAAUGGAACAAAGCAAUCAGCACAAGCAUUCGUUCACGUCUCAGCAAACUCUGCCGAGAAGGCCAACCUCACCUCGCUCGCCACCUCCUCGAAACUCUCCCCCGUCCUUCCACCGUCGUCUGGAACUCCGUCAUCAUCGGUUUCAUCUGCAACAACAUGCCUCAUGAAGCUCUUCUUUUAUACGCUCAAAUGAAAUCCACACCAAAUACUCGUUUUGAUCCUUAUACUUUUUCUUCCAUUCUUAAAGCUUGUGCUUUAACCAAUGAUAUAGUUACCGGUAAAGCUAUUCACUCUCAUUUUCUUCGUUCUCAUUCGAUUUCGAAUGAGAACCCUGGUCCUAGUAGAAUUGUUUACAAUUCUCUAUUGAAUAUGUAUUCUUCUUGUCAACAUGAUUAUGUCCUCAAGGUGUUUGGUGUAAUGCGUAAACGAAAUGUUGUUGCUUGGAAUACUUUGAUUUCUUGGUAUGUUAAAAGCAAUCGUUAUCAACAAGCGCUUAAUGCUUUUGCUACUAUGAUUAAUCAAUCUGUUACUCCUACUCCUGUUACUUUUGUGAAUUUAUUUCCUGCUUUGUCCAAAUUCCGUGAUUCUAGGAUUGCUCAUUUGUUUUAUGGGUUUCUUCUUAAAUUUGGUCAUGAGUAUGUUAAUGAUGUGUUUGUUGUAAGCUCUGCGAUACUUAUGUUUGCUGAUCUUGGUUGCAUGGAUUAUGCUCGUAUGGUUUUUGAUCAAUGUUCUAAUAAAAAUACUGAGAUUUGGAACACUAUGAUUGCUGCAUAUGUUCAAAAUAAUGGUCCCGUUGAAGCAAUUGAUGUAUUUGUUCAAGCCUUGGAGUCAGAGGAGGGAAAGGGUAUAUGCGAUGAUGUAACUUUGCUCUCUGUUCUUACCGCUGUUUCACAGGUUCAGCAAAUCAAAUUGGCCGAGCAGUUUCAUGCUUUUGUUCUAAAAAAAAUUCCGGUUUCGCCGAUUAUAAUUCUCAAUGCUAUCACUGUUAUGUACUCGAGGUGCAAUCUUGUUGAUACUUCGUUUAAGGUUUUUGAUAAGAUGUUGGAAAGGGAUGCUGUUUCGUGGAAUACUAUAAUAUCUGCUUUUGUACAGAAUGGUUUCGAUGAGGAAGCGCUUAUGCUUGUGUGUGAGAUGCAGAAGCAAAGGUUUUUGAUUGACUCCAUUACCGCGACAUCCCUUCUUUCUGCAGCCUCAAACCUUAGGAACUCGUAUAUUGGAAGGCAAACUCAUGCGUAUCUGAUUCGCCAUGGGAUACAGUUUGAGGGAAUGGAGAGUUAUUUGAUUGAUAUGUAUGCAAAAUCCGGCUCAAUUAGGUCUUCCGAAUUGUUGUUUGAGCAUAACUGCUUGAGUAGUAAAGAUGAGGCCACAUGGAAUACUAUGAUUGCUGGUUAUACUCAGAAUGGGCUCAAUGAGAAAGCUAUUUUCCUGCUUAAAGAGAUGUUGGUGAAAAAGGUAAUACCAAAUGCAGUGACAUUGGCAUCGAUUCUUCCUGCUUGUAGUUCAAUGGGAAGCAUGGGAUUUGCUAGACAACUUCAUGGAUUCUCCAUACGUCAUUUCUUGGAGAAAAAUGUUUAUGUGGGAACUGCUUUAACUGACACGUAUUCCAAAUGUGGUGCAAUCAGUUAUGCUGAAAAUGUUUUUGUGAGAAUACCUGAGAAGAAUUCAGUCACAUACACCACAAUGAUGAUGUGCUAUGGUCAACAUGGGAUGGGUAAGAAAGCUCUUACCUUGUAUGAUUCUAUGCUGAGAUCGAGCAUUAGGCCUGACGCAGUUACUUUUGUUGCCAUCUUGUCUGCUUGUAAUUAUACUGGACUGGUUGAUGAAGGCCUUCAAAUAUUUGAAUCUAUGGAGAAAGUACAUAAAAUCAAGCCCUCAAUCGAACAUUAUUGUUGUGUUGCAGACAUGCUAGGGAGGGUUGGGAGGGUGGCUGAAGCAUAUGAGUUUGUCAAGGGAUUGGGUGAGGAUGCUAACACCAUGGAAAUUUGGGGAUCUCUUCUCGGGUCUUGCAAAAAUCACGGGCAUUUUGAAUUGGGAAAAGUUGUUGCCAAAAAAUUGCUGAAUAUGGGUAGGGAGAAGAGAAUGGCAGGAUAUCAUGUUCUGCUCUCAAAUAUUUAUGCAGAGGAAGGAGAGUGGGAAAAUGUUGAUAGAGUGAGAAAGCAGAUGAAGGAAAAAGGUUUGUACAAGGAAACAGGAUGUAGUUGGGUUGAGAUUGCUGGGUUUGUAAACUGCUUUGUAUCUAGAGAUGAGAAGCACCCUCAAAGUGAUGAAAUAUAUAAUAUGUUGAACAAGUUGACUCUAGACAUGAAGGAUGCAGGUUAUAAGCCACUUUAUAGCUCGAUUUAAAUACAAUUUUGGAUUGUGAUGAAUGAAUUAUUACAAGUUAUAUCAGAGUGAAGUGUUGGUUGCUCUAUGGUGGGCAGUUUGUCGUGAAAGUGACCUAGGAGCAUCGUUAAAAUAGUCACUGGAUCAAUUUUAACUGAUAAUAGUUUCAUGACCUGUAUAAAUUUAUUCCAUGUACACUACAAGAGCCGCUGGUUCGAAACUCUUACUCAAACUGUUCAUUCAUUUGAAACAGAUUGUAAUUGGUUAACAAAACUAUCAAUUCAUGUAUAUUACGAUAGUGCAAUUGAUUACUUACAAUUCUGAUCAUACUUUCACCUCCAAUUCAAGAAAUGGAAGCUAUAAAUAGGUAUGAUUCUUCAACUCAGCCUUUUAACGUUAUGUGGCAUUUUAUACAAUAUUUGGCUGUAGUCUAUUAGUAUUAGGCCUCCUAUCACCAAGACUUAUGUUAGAAAGAAGUAUAGAAAUCAAAUUGUAUUCAGGCAGAAGUUAUGUACUAUUAAAUCUGUGUGUGUACAAUAACUGCUAUGUAACUGCUGUAGGAAGUUAGAAUAAUAAAUAUAUGCUGAAAGGGAAACGGAUGGGGAUUCGAUCUUUUUAUGUUUGGUUGGUUGGGAGAGACUAGACUCUAAUUUCUGGUGGUUGGGUUUAUUGUAUUUCUUCUUGUUCAUGUAAACCAACUCUUGAGAAUGUUAUUCUCAGUGUUUAAUAUAAGUUAUAUUUAGUAUAUACUAUCCCUCACUUAUCCAUAAAUUCCUGAUCUAUCAUAGUCGUAUCGUAGGGCCUUUUUGAUAAAACUGAAAAUGUACAAUUAAAAGCAAGUACUAAUCUGUCAGUGUUAAGUUCAUUCACCUUUACUAGACUAGAAGAGUACACAAAAAAUUGUUUGCAUGAUGGAUUUUGAUAAUCUUUAUACUGCAUGAAUUGGGCACUGUACUAAUAGACAAAAUCCGUUGUUGUAAAUGGGUACUGCCGUACUGCUAUGACUGUUGGUGAGAUAAUGUAAUGGCAACAGCAUGUUGUUAAUGAAGAAUUCGAUGGAGCUGACAAUAUCGUAAUAUUUGGCGUAGUGGUGUCACUGGUGUGAGAAGGACAAUAAAUGGCAAACAGUAGGAAACAUCUAUCCUGAGGCAAAAAUAUGCUUGUGUGAUUAUUAUUCAGUUUGACCCCUGAACAUUCCUGCGAAUAGAUAGGCAAUUAGGAUGAGACCUUUUAUUUUCUACCAGCAAUUGCUAUACAAAAUAUACAACUGUCAAAGGGGAGAGUUCUUCCUAUUUCAUGCUUGCUUGUUGCCUAAACUUUGCUGGCGAAGAAUGAGCAGAUUAUGUAAUUUGAGCUUAGCAACAACUGCGAUGGGGUGAUAUGUCCAUUUGAGUUUGGUAUGGAACCUGGCUCUAAGAUUUUAUAUUCUUUUUCAGAUCAGGUUGGAUUUUGUUUUGGCGAACAGGUGCAUGAUAGGAGGCAACAAAGCAGGAGGCGGAAUAGAGCAUUCUUGUUUAUCUCGCACUGGAUGCUCAGUGGGAAUACGAUCAAGUAUUAUUUUGGAUUUUUUACACUUUGAUCAUUUUGGAAUAUGGCAAGCUGUCCGGUUUUAUCACAGGAGCUUAUUUAAGGAGGAAAAAUGUUAUAAGAAGGUUGUGUUUAACAGUUCUGAUUGGUGUUUUUUGUUUGUUAAUCGUACUUCUUAAUUCUUCUCUGAGAAUUCAGAAGUCUUCUAGGCUCUUUGUCCUUAACUAUGCUCCAUGGUUGUCUUGAGAUUAUGUAAACUCCUGUCUGUUAUAGCCACGUCUAGAAGUGCUCGAGAUGGCAUGAUGAGUGGCUUAAUUGAAACUAACUACACAGUUGUACAUUGAAAUAUUUUAGCCUCUCUGCUUUGACAUGUAUAACACACAACACAAUCUACAUGCAUAUGCAGUUAGAUGUAUAAAUUCCCAAUGGGUCUGACCCUAGACAAACUGUAAACUCAAUUAUGUAUGUAUAAGAAUAGAAUAAUACCAUGCAUUCUCAUUCUGCAAUUUUUUUUAUGCUA